AUGCUCACUUCACAUUGUCUGGAGAGGGACUUUCCUGGCAGUCCAGUGGUUAAUACUUCACACUCCCAGUGCCGGGGCAUAGGUUCAAUCCCUGGUCAGAGAACUAUGAGCCCUGAGGGCCAUGUGGCCAAACACACACACACACAAGAAUAUGUCUGGAAAAACACUGGCAAAUUCUUUCUUCCCAGACUUCUCUUCUCCAUCCUGUGUUUAAAUAUCCACCAGACACUUUUCAAGGUGCUUUCAUAUAAAUUUUCUCCUGGGAUUUGUCUUUCCCAGUUACCCUGGGAGAUGCUAUUUUUUCCAUUUGCCAUUGAGAAUUUCAAACUCAAAGAGAAAAAAUAUUUGCCAAAAGUCUCACAGCUAGUAAGUUGCAAAGACAAGACUCAGAUCCAGGUCUCUUUGACUCCAGGGUCAUCUUUGUGUUGUAUCAUACUCUUCCCUAACACCCUGGCUCAAAGAAUGUGGAUUCUUCUGUGA